AUGGCCAAGUCUGCGACCAAGGUGGCGAAGCCUUCCAAGGCCGAGUCCAAGGCUGUCAAGAACGGCAGCAUCACCAAGACCAAGGACACUGCUAAGGCUUCCGCCAAGAACAUUGAGAAGAAGAAGAAGAAGGCCGAGUCUGAGUCUGAGGACGACAGCGAGGACGAGGCCAGCGCGUCUGACUCUGACUCUGACGCCUCCGAGGAGGAGGCCCCCAAGAAGCCCGCGGCCAACGGUAAGAAGGCCAAGGCUGCUGAGGCAUCUGACUCUGAGGACGACUCGUCCUCGGACGAGAAGCCUGCUGCCAAGGCCAACGGCAAGAAGGCUGCCGCCGAGGCGUCGGAUGACUCUGACGACUCUGACUCUGAUGAGGAGGAGGAGAAGGAGAAGGCUGCUCCCAAGGCCGAGAAGGGUGAUUCCGACUCUGACGACAGCGAUGACUCUGAUGAUGAGAAGACGGAGGCUGCUCCCUCCAAGAAGCGCAAGGCUGAGGACACUGUUGACGAGGCUUCCAAGAAGGCCAAGUCUGACGACGCCCCCAGCACCCUCUUCGCUGGCUCCCUUAGCUGGGGUGUCGACGACAAUGCUCUGUACGAGGCUUUCAAGUCGUUCAGUGGCCUGGUCCACGCCCGCGUCGUUACCGACAAGAACACUGGCCGCAGCCGUGGUUUCGGUUACGUCGACUUCGCCGACUCCGAGUCUGCUACCAAGGCCUACGAGGCUAUGCAGGGCCAGGAGGUCGAUGGUCGUGCCCUCAACCUUGACUACGCCAACGCCAAGCCUGCUGAGUCUAAGCCCCAGGACCGUGCCGCCGACCGUGCCUCGCGCCACGGCGACACCCUCAGCGCUGAGAGCGAGACUCUCUUCGUUGGCAACCUGCCCUUCGACACUGAGCAGGACGCUGUUCGCGAGUUCUUCGGCGAGGUUGCUGAGGUCGCCAGUAUUCGCCUCCCUACCGACCCUGAGUCUGGUAACCUGAAGGGAUUCGGUUAUGUCACCUUCAACUCCAUUGAUGAUGCCAAGACUGCUCUUGAGGCCAAGAACGGUGCCUCUAUUGGCAACGGCAGAAACGCCCGUGCUGUCCGUCUCGACUUUGCCGGCAGCCGUCCUCCUCAGGAUGGCAGCCGUGGUGGUUUCGGUGGACGCGGUGGCGGCCGUGGUGGCGGCCGUGGCGGUUUCGGUGGACGCGGUGGUGGCCGUGGUGGUAGCGGCUUCGGUGGCCGUGGCGGCGGUCGUGGUGGCAGCCGUGGUGGUUUCAACUCGUCCCGUGGUGGCGGCCGCGGCGGGUUCUCUGGCACCAAGGUGUCCUUUGACUAA